AGAGAUCCACUCCCAUGGACAGACAGGCUGUAGAUGCACCAGGACUGAUGGACAUCCAUUUACAGAUGUAGUUCCAGUUUGUAAAGAUGCAGUAGGGUGGGAGCACAUGAGGGGGUCCAUCUCAGAUCCCGUCUUCAUUGGGUCCCAGGCGGCUACAACUGAAAAAGUAGCUACUUCCCCAGAGGGGAGUGGGGAAAAGGGACACCGAGUGAAUAGUGAUGAACAGACUAAGGAAACUAAAUACUGGAAAUUAUAAGUACAGACUAAAGUGGUCCGUAGUACCAGAAACAGGUGAUAGGACUCAGUGCUCUGUACUUCCCCCAGCAUUAUAGCUCCUAGGGCAGCUUAGACUGAACUGUGGGGUUCAGUCUGUUUUUAACUAGCCUGACUAUAAGCCUUUACAAAGAGGAAUGUUUUCAGUCUAAUCUUAAAUGUAGAGACUAUGUCGGCCUGUUUAAUAUUAGCUGGAAGCUGAUUCCAUAAGACAGGAGCUUGGUAACUAAAGGCUCUAGCUCCUACUGUACUUUUAGAGACCCUGGGAACCACCAGUAGACCUGCAUUCUGAGAGAUAAGUGUUCUGUUGGGAUGGUACGGUACCAGAGCAUCUUUGAGAUAAGAAGGGCCCAUACCAUUCAUGGUCUUAUAUGUAAGAAGGAGGAUUUUAAAUGUAAUUCUAAACUCAACUGGAAGCCAGUGAAGGGCUUGGAACACAGAGGUGAUAUGCUCUCUUCUAUUAGUUCCUGUUAAUAGUCCUGCUGCUGCGUUCUGAACCAGUUGAAAACUUUUUAGUGAACUCAUGUAUUGGUUCCAACCUGUUCACUGAACCAGCCUAGUUUGAUGAGGACAACUCUUCAUCCAGGAAGAUGGGAUAAUUAGUGGAAUCACCUGUGAUAAGUGAACAGGUAGAACCAAUACAUGGCAGGACUUGGAUUUGAUGAACUUGGGUUUACCCACCUCUAUUUUUGUCACUAAGGAACAAUUACUGUUUGCAUUUUUUUGUAUCUAUCAAAUACAACUUUGAAAAACAAAAAGGAAUUUAUAAUAAAAUUAGAAAUUGUGUAGAGUAAUAAAUGUUAUGAUACAAUAAUUUCAAUUAAAUGCAUUUUAUAAUACCGGUGUUUUUGGACUUUUCUCUUUAGUUAAUCUGUGUCUGCUCCUGUAUGUGGUGGACCUUAAAUGAACCCAGCUGCAGUUCUGUUUAUUUGCAGACUUUGACACUGUGAUAAGGCUGACAAAUCUGAUACUCCACGCCCACUUGGUUGGACCGUUUGUUUACAUCAUGACCCACUGAAUGCAGAAGUUAUUGCGCAGUUGAUGAACGGGAGCCAUUGAAUCAGUCCUGUUAUCAACACUUUCUCCUCAACUUGUUAACUAUAGUCUCUCGGUUCUCCGUGUGCCACGAUGGCAUUAUGGCAUUUACUGUUAAACUGGGCAUCGACACUACUGCUGCUGUUGUUGUCUUUGUUGUUCGUGGCGUUUCUCGGAUUCUGUGCGUACAUUAAAUACAAGCAUAUGAAGUAUGACCACAUCCCUGGACCACCGAGGGACAGUUUUUUCUUUGGACAUUCACCAACAUUUUUUAAGAUAAUGGAAGGUGAUGGAAUAGUGUACGAGAAAUUCCUUGAAUGGUCUGAGACUUAUGGGCCCGUGUACAGGAUUAAUCUUCUACAUUAUGUUAUAUUAGGCGUUUCCUGUCCAGAUGCAACCAAGGAAAUCCUAAUGUCCUCAAAGUACACCAAAGAUGAAUUUAUCGCCAACAGGCUCUCUAACCUGUUUGGUCAAAGGUUCUUAGGUAAUGGUCUGGUAACAGCACGGGACCAUGAGCAGUGGUAUAAACAGCGGCGGAUCAUGGACCCAGCCUUCAGCAGCUUGUACCUGAGAGGUCUGAUGGGCACCUUCAAUGAGAGGGCUGAGAAACUGAUGGAAAAACUGUCAGAUGAAGCUGAUAAUAAAGGAAAUGUUAAGAUGCUCCCACUAGUCAACUGUGUUACCCUGGAUGUCAUCGCCAAGGCUGCGUUUGGUGUUGAUUUGGAUCUGCUGAACACCUCUUCACCUUUCCCUAAAGCCAUCGAGACUUGUCUGAAAGGAAUGGUGUACUCUAUCCGAGAUGCGUUUUUUCAGUUCAAUCUAAAGAACAGACCAUUCAUUAAAGAAGUAAGGGAGGCAUGCCGUCUGUUACGUAGAACUGGAGCUCAGUGGAUCCAUGACAGAAAGACCGCCAUCCAAAACGGAGAUGAUGUUCCCAAAGACAUCCUCACACAAAUCAUCAAAACAGCAGGAAAAGAAGAAAACACGACUAAAGAAGAUGAAGAGUUUAUGCUGGACAACUUUGUAGCAUUCUUCAUUGCUGGUCAGGAAACAACAGCUAAUCUAAUUGCUUUUUGCAUUAUGUCUCUGGGAAGACAUCCUGAUAUAUUGGAGAGAGUGAAGAAAGAGGUGGAUGAUGUCAUUGGAAUGAAAAUGGACCUUAGUUAUGACGAUCUGGGAAAAUUGACCUACCUCACACAGGUGCUGAAAGAGACUCUGAGGAUUUACCCAACGGCUCCAGGUACAUCGCGAGAUAUAAUUAAAGACAUGGUUAUUAACGGUAUCCGCAUACCUGGAGGAUGUAUCGCUUUGUUUAGCUCCUAUGCAUCUGGAAGGAUGGACAAAUUCUUCAAGGACCCACUGACAUUUGACCCAGAGAGAUUUCACCCAGAUGCACCGAAGCCUUAUUACUGCUACUACCCCUUCGCCCUUGGUCCACGGGCAUGCCUGGGAAAAAACUUUGCUCAGAUGGAGGCUAAAGUGGUGAUGGCCAAACUGCUACAGAGGUUUGAUUUCACCCUCAUCCCAGGACAGACCUUUGACCUCGUGGACACUGGAUCACUCAGGCCAAAGAGUGGAGUGUUGUGCUCUAUCAGACACAGGAAACACAGCCAGUAAAUGUUCAUACACCACCAUGCACUGAACCUCUAUAGGUUUAGAAAAAGAGUGUCUAAAAACAGGAUAGAAACACUAAAUGUGAGGAAAAAGGUCCUCAAAACAAGUGAAAUACCUUUCCAUGCAACAAGAUAAUUUCACUUGACAAGUUUUUCAGUUGAAUUAAGAUUGUUAAAUCUAGAAAUAAACAUGUCUACAGAUGUAUGAACACUUCAAAUAAGAAACUGACUCUUAAAACAUGAUAAAUGAGCUAACACUUCUAAAUCUAAGUUUGUUUUUAUUUUUAUUUUUUAUCUUCAUAAGAAUCAAAUAAUUUUCAGUGUACUGCUUUAGCCUACAAUGAUGGUAAAUGUUGAUGGGGUAUAACUACUUGCAAGUGAUGGGAAUAGAUAAAUGAAUUACAGAUUAUA